GGUUUGUUGAUAUAUUUGUGCUCAACAGCUGCAGCUGCUGAAUUGUUGCUUAUUUGGCGCUCUUUUUUUCGUAAAUUUCUUCGUUGUUGUUGUUUUUUUUUUUGGUCAUAUAAUUCUCACCACCACCAUCAUCGUCAUCAUCAUCAUAGGAUUAUAUUUCCACAAUUCGAUCGAACAUCGAUUUUUUCAUAUCGUUUGAUCGUUGGGUGUGUGUUUGUUUUUUACCAAGAUUUUUCAUCAUCAUCAUCAUCAUCAUCAUCAUAACAAUCAACGCCAUCAAUUAUGAAUAAACUGUAAACAACAACAAUAUAUUUCAUCACGGUUUAUUGUUGUUUUAUAUACUGAAAAUAAUUCACAAAUAAAGAAUUUCUAUUUUCUUCUAUGCCAAAAUAAUAAUAAUAAUAAUGGCCAAUACACCGAAAAUUGAACCAAAUCUAUUACGAUCGAGUAGUCGUCGAUUUCAUCGAUUCGGUAAUCAAUCAUUUCGUCGAUUAGCAAAACGUUCGGCUGAUGUUGGCUUAACAUUUACCGAUGAUCAAUUUAAACAGAAUGAUCGUCAUGUAUAUCAAACAUCAGCAUUUAGAUCUCGUUUCAAUAUAGGCAAAGUUGUAUGGAAACGUCCAAAACAAUUGUUGAAAGAAAAUGAUUUCAAUUUUGAUUCAACAUUAUUGCCCAUUUUCAAGACUGAUCAUAAUCAUCUUUUUGUUGGCCAUUCACCGAAUUCAUGGUUAGUGGCAGCAGCAUUAGCCAUUGGCCAACAUCGAUCAUUAUUCGAACAAUUAGUCAAUAUUGAUGAACAACAUUUUCGUGAUCAAGGUAUUGCCCGUUUUACAAUAUGGCAAAUGGGUGUAUGGCAUAAAGUUGUUGUCGAUGAUCGUUUACCAUCCAUUGAUUCUGAACCAAUAUUCACUAGACCAAUUUGGACAUAUUCAUCAUGGUGGAUACCAAUGUUGGAAAAGGCUUAUGCAAAACUAUACGGAUCAUAUGAAGCAAUGGUUACAAAUGGUUCAUUACAUAGUGCAUUGAUUGAUUUUAGUGGUGGUGGAUCCGUGGAAAGUAUUGAUCUUUUACGUUUUGGUUAUUCAUCCGAACAAUUAUGGCAUAUAAUUAGCCGAGAAUUUCAAUCAAAAUCAUUAUUGAUUCUUAAAACCAAAGAAUUUAAACCAAUCGGAUCAGCACCAUUUGGUUUGGUAUCAAAUCGUUAUUACUUGAUACGUAAUAUUAAAAAACCAAUGGGAACAUUAAAAAGACUUUUAUCAUCAAAUUCAUCAUCAUCAUCAUCAUCAACUCAUCAUAGUAAUCAAGAUAAUCUUCCAUUAUUAAUUACGAAUACAAUUGCUGAUGGUGUAAAAAAUUGUAAAUCAAGUUUAUCAAUGAAUCCAAAAAAAGGUUUACAAGAAUUUUGGAUACUGUCAAAUAAUAUUACGAAUCUUUUUGAUACACUAACUAUAUGUCGUCCAUUUCAAUAUCAUAAAGAUUCUAUUCAUCGAUUGAUUGUUAACAAAUCAAUUGGCUGCGAUAAUUCAUCAUCAUCAAGUCUACAAUUUCGAUUCGAUGUUCGUCCAAUGUCUAAUAGUUCAUCAGCUAUGGUCACUACCGAUUCGUCUAACGGUAUUGGUGAUGGUGAUACAAACGGCCAACAUAAACCACAUCAUCAUCAUCAUCAUCAUCAUUCACAAUGUGUCGAUGUACAUUUUAAUUUGAUACAAAAAAAUUCACCAAUCAUACCGAUCGGAUUUCGUAUCUAUUCAAUUGAAUUGAAUCGUAAAUUCAAGGUUCAUCAAUUUUCAUCAUUACCAUUGAUAACAACAAUUGAUCCUGUUCAAUCAAGAAAUCUAAUAGUAACGAUAUCGUUACCAGCCAAUGCACGUUAUCUACUAAAACCAAUCUGUCCGGAAAUAUCAACAUUAUUGGUAUCAAUUUAUUCACCACAAAUCAAUGAUCUACGUCAAUUAACAAUGGAUAUGCCACGUCAUCAAUUAUUAUCAUUUAUGCAACCAGUCUAUCCAAGUGCAAUGACACGUAUACAUGUAUUGGGUUGUGAAGGUCUUGAACGGCAAGAUAGAUUUGGAACAGCCAAUCCUUACUGUAUAAUACGUUGUGGCCGUAAAUAUGUAAAAUCAUCAAUAGAAUAUGAAACACUAAUGCCUGUAUGGAAUAAUUUUUCUGCAAUAUUCUAUCAUCGUGAUAUUGAUAAAAUGGAACCGAUUUGGAUCGAGAUCUGGAAUCGUGGCAUACUUGUUGAUUAUUUUUUGGGUGCAAUUAAAUUUAUACCAAAAUUAACAAUGAUUAUCGAGAAUGAUAAUCACCACAAUCAUAACUAUAAAGAGGAACCUGUUCUCGAACAACAACAACAAAACAGACAAUCCAAUGAUAUGGUCAAUCAAUCAGAAGAGAUAUCGAUGGCUGAUAUUACGAAUAAAGAUCAUAGUGAUUUCAAUUAUCAAAUGAAUAUCGAAACGAUAAACGAUGACGAUGUUCAUAAUGAUCGAACAUCGGCAAAAUCGGCACCAUCUUUGAUCGAAAAUCAAGACUUAACAUGUGAACAACAACAGCAACAAAAUGUCAAUGAAAAUGAUGUCUAUGGUGAUAAUGAUGAUGAUAUUAUCUGUCUUCAACUGAUGGAUAAAAAAGGCCAUACAAAACGAUCGGGUUUCGUUUUAUUACGUUCGGAAACGGUGGAAGAUUUGAAAUAUUUUUAAUAUGUGCAUUUUUAUCUUGUCAUUUUUUUCAUUUUUUUAAAUUUAUAAUAAACACAUUCCA